CCCCCCUCUCUCCCUCAGUGAGAGACUGGACAGCGACGUGACUGCAUACAUCUUUUUCAUCUCUGAACAUUACGACCAAACUAUAAGGAUGGAUCAAAAUGAAGAGCUGGAGCAAGCGAUGCUGAGUAUCUCUCCUUCCAAGCAACGUGUGCAGAGCUCGGUCUCUGCACAACCAUCAACAGCAAGCCCACAACAAGCUCCAAGAACAAAAAGAGGUUUAUUUUUAUUUUUCAUUCCUGAUGUCAUCAGCUGACAACUCUGGGACCAUGAAUUAUUUUCCCAAAAUUAAGCAUGACUUUCUGUCACAUGUUGGCCAUGUUCUGGUCUGUUUGUCUUUGCUCUUCUACAUGUUGUCCUAGUGACUAUGAAUUGAAACCAGUCAUGUUGAGGGUAAGUAACUGCUUUUUUUCUUAUUUGGAUUGAAUGAAAAGUACACAUUUAAACUGCUGUGGUCACUAACACUUGAACGCAUAUGUUUGCAGUGUACCAAGUUAUUUCAUCUGCUCAGACUGAGUUGUAAUGACUGAAUGCUGAAUAUGAAUCCAAACAAAAAUAAUGCAUGUGUAUGAAUGAAAUAUAUUCUCUAAACAUUAAUAUGAUAAACAGUGUGUUUCACUUUAUGAGAUUAGCAGGUGAAGUAAAGAUGGGUGAUGUUUGGUCUUACUAACGUAAUUACUAAUUUCUAUAUUGCCAUAAUAUGAAUACACUGACACACUUUUCUGUUUUAGUACCAUCUGCUACCCUCUCCACACAAAGUCAACGGAAGGCUUCACUAGUAGAUGCCCCUGCUCUUCCUGUAGGGGGACUUGUGCCCCUACCAAAGGAGCUGAUGUUUCUGAUGCCGGAACCAUCCGCCCCGACACCAACAGAGACCAACAUCACUGUUCCAGUGGCUCCUGAGAUAUCUCCAGAGCACUGUCAACCAACACUGCAUCCACAAACACAAAGUCAGCCAUUACCCAGGCCAUCAUCGGUCCCCAGCUGUCCUCCUCCUCAGCUUCCUGUCUACGACCAGGAUGUCAGUCAGUGGAACUGUUCGCCUCAGCAGAGGACCUGGAUGAAGACGGAGCUGGAAUCCAUGGGGCUCUUGCCAGGCUCUGUUCCUGUACCAAACCCUCUAAAGAUGGUGUCAUUGUGGCGUGGCCCUCCCCAGCCAGAGCUGAUUGACAGUGUUUAUGAUUUUCCCUGCGCCAAGUAUUUUCAGCUCCAUCCCUUUUUCAUCUGGAAGCCAGAAAAUGACAAUUUGAUGGGAAGGCUGAGGAACAAUUACACUCUGCCGUGUAUUGACGGCUGUGCUCAGCCUCAAAUUGCCUCUGCUGGUGUUGGUAGGCCUCGUGUGAUUGUCGGCAUCACCGGACAGUACUACUUGCUGUCUUCAAGGCUCUGCUGCAAAGUCUGCCGGAAGAGGUGGUAUGCCGACAACCCAUCCUGGCUGGAAAAGCUCCCCAAGAGGUUCACCAACCUGCUGCCAGCAGUACUGACUUACAAGAAGGCCAUCUGUAAGUCGGUACUGUACGUGCUCCAGCGCACCAGGAAGUCACCCACUGAUAUGGCAAAGCAGAUCACGGAGUUGAUGCACCUGAAAUAUGAACGGGCUGACCUGGCGUAUCUCCUCAGCUGUAAGAACAUCAUGAAUGGUGAGGAAGGAAAGUAUGACCAGAGGACAAUUAGCCAGUCCCUUCGGCAGGAAACCAAGCCAGCUCCCUUUGGAGAGUAUGGGGACACUGAUGGCUGGAACGGUAUCUCUGUGUCUGCACAAUACCUCACAGACUGCCUACUGCAUGAGUACCAACACCAGCAGUUUCAGUUUCCUGCGAACCCUCCUGAUGAUUCUGAUGUGAAACAAGAUGUGACUGCAGGAACGACUCCGGAGCCUCACACAGAGCCAGAAACCACAUGUCUGCAGUCUCUGCCUCUGCUGUCCUCGCCAACUGGGAGGGUGUUUGUGUUGGACCACAAGCGCUGGACAGGCCCUAUGAAGCAGGCUGUUGACAACCUGCUCAACAAACACCGUGGUCAGAAGGACAUGCUGAAGCUUGUGGACAAGGACUAUGCUGCUCUUGUUCUUAACUCCUGCACAGACCUAAACAGUAUGCUUCACCCAACAACAAAACACCAUAUUUGUCAGUAUGUGAAGCAUGUUAGCAAGCUUCUGAACACCAGCUCCUCCAUAAAUAUCAGCCCGGAGAAACUGCAAGAGAGGCAGGUCCUCUGGUACUCUCUCACAGAGGGUAGUGAGACCACCAGUGUGCCAGUUGUUACCAUGCCUGUUGCCAUUUUCAACCCCACACCUCCUGUUCAGACCCCAGCCACACCUCCUGUUCAGACCCCAGCCACACCUCCUGUUCAGACCCCAGCCACACCUCUGACACUAGAAAAUCUUGAGAAUAUUGUCAGAAACAUUAUGGUCAACCAGCAGCAGCAGCAGCAGCAACAACAACUACAACAACAACAACAACAACUACAACUACAACUAGAACAACAACAGCAAAAGAAGAAACAGACAAAAAGCUGUCUUUCCUGCGGCCAGCCAAAGGCCCGCUUUGAAAAUGAUGGCUCUUCCAUUCACCACUUCUACAUGCAGGGCCCUGUCAGAUACUUUUACUGCUCCACCAAAGUUUUUAAAACUUAUGGUGCUGAAGGUCUGACAGACCCUAAAAUGCCAUUUGUAGACUUUUCUCAAACAGCUUUCUUUCCGCGGGAACUGGAAGCUAUGAAGCAAAGGGUGGAGGCAAAAGUCCAGCAAAAAAGGAAGAACACCGAGCCAGAGCACAAAGGUCGCAAAUGUGGAUUUUGCAGAGUGGAACUCAAGCAGGGCCCAAACAGUCCUCACAUACACACAGGAUUCCCAGGAGUAGCAGGGAAGUAUGUGUACUGUCCUGCUAAAGUGUUGUCACUCUACAGAGAUCAGGGCAUGGAGAAGAAGAUGACCUGGAAGAAGUUCAAGGAGUCUGCUUUUUAUGAGACUGAAAAGAAAAGAUGGGAGGCUGGAAAGGGAAAAUGACAAGGAGGGUUUGUUCAUCAUGACAAUGUCUUUUGCUAGUUCCCAGGAAUAACACUUCUGUUGUUUUCCUCUGUCUUGUGUGUCUGUCAGUGUUAUAAUGUUACAUUUUCAUCCUGUGUGUUUAAAAAAUGUAUAUUAUUUAAUUUACUACUGCUUUAUUUAACAAUAUUGUAUUUAC